AAUAAUAAUAACAAUGGCAGGGUUUAGGGCUUCGCCAAAAACACCAAACUCAAACUCAAACCCAAAGCUAAGCUAAUCUCUCCUCCGCCAUGAUCAGAGGCGGUAAGAGCUUCGUUUCGGCACCACCGGCCUUCUCCAAUGACGCUAAGCGUAUCUUAAUCUGUACUGGACCUACCGUCUCCAUCUUCAGCACCUCUACUGGCUUGCAGAUUUCUUCGUUGGAGGGACACACGGCGGCGGUGACUUCUGUUUUAGUGGUACCGGCUUCGAGCCCGGCCAGCAAAGUUUUGUGUUUUUGUUGGACUGCUUCGCUUGAUGGUACUAUUCGUUAUUGGGAUUUUUUGGCACCGGAGUUGAUGAAGACUGUUGAAGUUAAAAUGCCUAUUUACUCAAUGGUUAUUCCAUCUUUAUUAGUUCAAUCAGAUAAAGACAAGGAAAAUGAGUCUCCUCUUUUUGCAUAUAUAUCUGUUGAGAAUAGUAAUGUGCAACAAAAGAAGGUCAAUACUUUGUGUGGACAGAUUAAGAAGUUUAACUUGACCAAAUCUCGUAUGGUGGGUGGAGUUGUUUUGAGAGAGACUCCCCAGCCAGAGUUUCUUACAGUUAGUCCCUCAGGAAGUUAUUUUGGGAUGCAUAACAAGCGCACGAUUCAUAUAUGGAAAGUCCCCAGGUCAGAUUCUGACCGUGCUGUAGCUAAAAAGAUUAGCUUGCAUCAUACAAAGAGUGUGACAGUUAUGGCAUUCCAUCCAACAGAGAGAAUUGUUGCUGCUGGUGAUAAAUGUGGAAGGAUUUUAAUUUGGAGGGAUGUCGGCAGUCAAACAUUUUGUAGUACUAGCGAUAAACUUGUAAAUGGAAAAUUAAUCAAUAAUAAGGAAGACAGACCAGGUGUGAGAGGAGAUGAUGAAGCUGAUUGUUGCUCCACAUGGCAUUGGCACCCUUCUCAAGUUAAUGUCCUGUCGUUCUCGUCUGAUGGAUCCUAUUUAUAUUCAGGUGGUAGGGAAGGUGUACUUGUUGUCUGGCAGCUAGAAACAGGGAAAAAGAAAUUUUUACCAAGGAUUGGAUCUCCGCUUCUGUAUUUCACAGAUUCUCCAGAUCCCACACUUUCCUCUAUAUCUUGUGCAGAUAAUCACGUUCAUAUAUUGAAAAUGCCUUCAAUGGAAAUCUUGAAGUCUAUAUCAGGGAUCAAGCUUCCCGUCUCACAUCCCGAGAUAAAUGAGAGUUUAUGUAGCAAUUUUGCAUUUGAUUACUCUGCUGGAUUGGUUGCAUUAAGAGCAGAGAACUAUUGCGUUCAAUUGUACAGCUUGCUUGAAGACCGUGAAGUUUCUGAGAUUCAAGUCUGUGAGAGAAAUCAUCAACCUGUAGAUGAAGUGACUAUGGGAGUAACUCGAGUGGCUAUUUCCAAAGAUGGUUCUACAGUGUGUACUUCUGAUGUUAAGCUUCCUGAAGAUGGAAUUGGGAGUCUUGUUUGUCUUAAGUUUUGGGAAUCUGAUACAUUGAAUAAAAAUUUUAGCUUGUCCACAAUCGUUUAUGAACCUCACAGGGAUGCUGGUGUCUCUUCAGUUGCUUUCCAUCCUAGUCGCCGAAUGGCUGUUAGCACAUCAUAUGGUGGCGACUUCAAGAUAUGGGUUUCUCAUGAUGAGAUUAAGAAGAAUGGUGAGACAGUUAAGAAUUCUGGUUGGAUGUGCCACUCUGUGGGUUCCUACAAAAAGAAGCCAAUGACAGCUGCUGCAUUUUCUGCUGAUGGCUCUGUUUUGGCGGUUGCAGCAGAAACUGUUAUCACAUUAUGGGACCCUGAACACAAUGUCCUUGUUGCUGUACUCGGAGAAAUUCAGAAGCCAAUUAGGUCUCUAUCGUUUGCUGGAAAAUCAGACUAUCUUGUGAGUGUGUCCGAAGGUUCACAACCACAGCUGUCAGUAUGUAGUAUGUCGAAACUCUCUGUAUCCUGGUCAUACAAGCUUCAAGUAGAAGAUGUAGCUUGUGCUGUUGAUGCAUCAAUGUUUGCAGUUCUUGUUGUUAGUAAAUCGUGUAAUAAUGAGACAACAGUACUUAAAGGAAGAGAUGGGGUAAUCUUAUUAUUCAAUGUCACAGAUCCACUUCCUGUGGCUACUUGGUCUGUAAGGAAGGCCAAGGGGGGAGGACUUGGUUUUAUUCAAGCAAAUAAUCAAACUAAAAAUAUAUUGAAAGCAGGCAAGCCAUCAUCUCAAGAGUUGCUUGUGUAUGUAGAUGGUGAUCAUGAAUUUGUUGUAUUUGACCCGCAGAGUAGCGAAACACAUGAACUUAGCCUAACUGGACAACAAAACCUUGCUACCAUUGAGGAAACAGUAGGACAACUUGGAUAUGCAUCUAUGUAUGGUGAGCUACCUGAGUUUGAGUUGAAGAGCAAGGAUGAUGAGUUGUGGGAAGCAACGGCUCCCUCGAGACCCUCGGAGAGACCGUGGGAGAGUAUAUUCAGUGGAUCAAGUCAUGAUCUUCCACCCCUCACUAAAUUAUGUUCACCUUUUUUGGAGUCCUUGCUGGAAAGGAGGACUACUACUUCUACUACUGCCAUUGUUGAAUGAUCAUUUCCAAUUAAGAAGCAACCAAUGAAUGUUGUUGCUUUGCUGAUAUUUUUGGUCAAAUUAAUUAUGAUUAGCUCAAAAUUAAGGCAAAUCCAUUUUGUUAUUCGAUUUUACAUGAUGAUGUUUUUGUACCAAUGUUUGUGAGUCACAAAAGUAAUAUAAUCUUAUGUUUCAAUUUCCCUUUUCUGUUACAAAACAAAAAAUUAUUACAGUAGAGAUAAUACUUUGAGAUAUUGUAAUUUACAUUAUUAUUCUGUAAUGAAAAUUUUUGUAUUCUUUUUUCUA